UUCAAUUUGUAGCAACACAAAACACAAAUGCAAACUUCUUCUUUCUUUCAUCCCUUCAAAACUCCCGGAGCCCCGUUCUCCGGCACACUCCGGCAACCCAGCGUGGCGUUUCUUGGCGGUCGUAAAAGACCGCAAACAAUGGCACUCAAGAAAGAUGGUUCUAGUGGGAAGAUGGUGGACGAGAACAUGAUUGUUUUGAGGGAAAGGAUCCGUAAGGUGAAAGUGGAGAUAGAGUAUAAUAGCGGUGGUGAUCGGUUGCCGGAUAACUGGAUGCAGUGGGAGAGGACAUACUUUUAUAGUGGUUGUUACCACUCGGAUGUUUAUGGAGUGGUUGCGUUUUUACAACAGUUUCUGUUGGAGAGCCGGCCGAGCGUGGCGUUGGGACUGGCGGGGCUUUUCGUGAUUGGUGGGUCGACGGCAGGCGUGGCGGUUUUGCAUUUGUUGAUAAACUCAGUUCAGGGAAGUUAAAACAACGGUUGAUGAACUUAUUCCGACGUGAGUUAUAAACUCUAAUGGUGAAUAAAUGUGUAGAUUUACAACUGACUAAAAGGGUGUGUUAUGUGUAACUUUGGCUGGUUAAAAAAACUAAUUAAUUUAUUUGUUAUUUGUUAUGUAA